AUGCUGGACAUGUCAAAGACAGUGUCCUUGCUGCUCGUGCUGUGUGUGAGCGGAGCUGAGAGGAUGGCAUCUGCACCCAUCUGUGCUCAUGAGCAUCCUGAAUGUCAGACUGUAUCUCUGGCAGACCUUUUUAACCGAGUCGUUCAGCACUCCGCACGCUUGCACGGACUGUCCAGUGAUCUGCAUUCUGAGUUUGAGCAGUACUUCAUUCCCAGCAAAAACCAAAUAGGGACCAGAAAGUGCCACACGUCUUAUAUAGUGACUCCAAAUGGGAAGGAACAUGCACAGAAGCUGGCAGGAGAGGAGUUGACCGAGGUGAUUCUGAAGCUGUUGAUGGCGUGGGGAGAACCUCUGGCUCAGUUCCAUCAAAGCAUGACCCAGCAACAAGACUACAACAUUUACAGCAGCAACAAAGCGCUGGAAAUGAGUGACAUGGUGCAUGAGCUGAAGAACGGAGUACAGAAAGUGGCAGAGAAGAUGCAGUUAUUGGGUAUACUCAGUAACUUCUUGAACUGGGAGGACUCCUUGGAGUCUCUGGAUGCUGAUAGCAGUUCAGUUUUCUCUGUGGAUAAUCUCAACCUUCUCCACUGCUUCCGCAGAGACUCUGAUAAAAUCUGGAGUUACCUGAAGAUCCUCAAGUGCAGGAUCCUGCCUGAGAAUGGAUGUUAA